AUGGCUGAGCGGUGCGGCCAGAAUGGCCGAGUGGUGUGGUACUACUGGCCACAUGGCACCAAGCGAAACCAAAGCGAUGUCACGGCCAAGGCACACAAGGAGCUGGCAACACUGGAGGUCGCCCGUCCGGACGAGACGAAGCCGAAGACGGACCACCCAACGCUGCCCUGGGCUCGGCUUCGGUCCUCCAUCCGAGCGAACUUGGAAGUGGCAGAGCAAGCUGCACAGCCAGCCUUCGAGCAGGUCACGAAAGGCCUGGAGAAGGUGGAGCUCUCAAUGACACGGGCGCAUGAGCGUUUACAGCGUGCCAAGCAAGAGAUGCACGAGGUGGAAAAGAACUUCGGCAUGCAGCGGAUUCAGGCGGAGCGCCAGCAGCUUCUUUUGAGCAGCCUUCAGCAGAGAAGGAAACAAGCUCACGCGGGUGCUGAGGCGUGCAAAGCGUUGGAGGAGGAAGUGAAUCUGGAGUCCCACGGCUGCGAAGAGAAGCAAGAGCAGCUUUCAGAGUCCACCUUCCACUGUGAGCAGUUGAAGGAACGUCUUCAGGAGUUGGAGCGACAGAUCAUGCGCCGCUACUGCCAAGAGGUCACGCCUGAGGAGAUUUUGGCCUUACGGCGUCAAGUGGCCAGGCAGUUGGAGCGCCGCUCUACGCUGGAGCGAACGCGCAAAGGUGCGCGGAGAUGGGCCGAGGCAGACCAGGCCAGAAGCCGCAGCGGCUCAGAGGAACACGAUGGACCCGUGAAGGCGUUGUGCUCGGAACUCAUGGACCUUAGGCGGGUCUUGCGCUCAGGGCCAAGACGACCCAUCCUGGCCGACGGCCGAAAAGGGCUUGCAAGCAGAAAGGGAAACCAACUGCUGGCUGGAGGCUACUCACAACAGACGGCCGAGUGUGUGGAGAGCUAUACGGCGCAAGUACAAAGCCGCAAGUGCAAAGGCCAUCGGUUCAAAGGCGCGCAAGAUUGGCUUGAGGCCUUGGAAUGGGACAGCCUCCACGAGAAAGAAGCCGAGGAGCGCAAGGUCUUCUAG